GGGGGCCUCUAUUGGGUUUCCUCAAGGGUGGAGGUGACAGUUCGUGUACAGUACAAGAUGUGAUAGUUUGAAAUUUUGCAAAUAUGAUUGUGCUUGUAUAAACAAAAAACAGGGAUAUUUAAGAGAAGGCAUGGUGAUACCUGUACAUGUUAUUGUUGAUACUAUAAAACGUCCAGUCUGCAAGAAACAGUGUAACUGUACAAUAUUUACAUUAUAAUUACCUGAGGAGGACACACCUCCUCCAUCCAAAAUCCCAUUAAUAUGAUCGCAAGUGCACAGUCAUUUUAGUCAUUUGCAAAAAAAACUAAAUCAUGUCCAGAGUGGAGGCUUUUAGAGACACAAACUUUCGUUCCCUGUUGAGGGAGUUCCGCACUGACAUCGCCAUGUCUGUGGACGAUCCUUUUCCUCUUGUCUAUGGUUUGGCAGACAAAAAUGUCAUCACCGACCAACAACUACAGGAAACUCUGGAGAAGGAGGGCAGGGAAGGGAUCCACAAGGCCAUAUACUGUCUCCUGACCUGGGUCCUGGAGCAGGACAGAUCCACCAUCCAGGCAUUCUGGAGUAACUUGACUAAAGAUUAUAAUGUGGACAGCUACCCAAAGCUGCAGACGCUGCUCAGGAAACUGCAUGCUCGAAGAGAUGCGGCAGGUGCCAGAGUUAAGGAGACAUCACCUGGAGGUCACAAAAUUUUUCACAACAAGAAAAGGAGUCAUGAGGACAGAAAAACAAACUCCCACAACUUACAUUCACAGUAUCAUGCCAAGACAAGUGGUACAUCAGGGGGUAAAGUGAAGUUGUACAGGGUAAAAAGUGAAGCAUCAGUUCCACAUCUUUCGUCUGGAAAUAGUGUGCAGGCAGUGUCAUCCUCAGUCCAUUCGUCUUCUUCAGCCUCCUCUGCUGAACAGCCAUCCAGCCAAGAAGCCCGAGAAAAUACGUUUGGAUCAGACGGAACUGCCAGAAAAUACAUUAAAGUUGGUGGGGAGUAUUACUCAUGUGGCCCUUCAGUGGAGACAAGUGGAGAGAGCAAAACUGCAAGCACUACAACUCACCACAAGGAGGAGACAGUAAAAGGAAUGAUCCACUAUAAUGAUGAUGAAUGUGCAGUGUGUAAGGACGGAGGGGAGCUGAUAUGUUGUGAUGGCUGUCCUCGUGCUUUUCAUCUAACCUGCCUGAAUCCUCCUCUCACAUCCAUACCAAGUGGCUCAUGGCAGUGUGAGGGGUGCUGUGGAAACAAAGUGAAAAAAGAGAAAGCUCUACAACCACUACAAACACUUAUGUCCCAGCCUGAGCAGACAAACACAAGCUCCACCAACACCGUCUUAAAUGUUUCCUACUUCUCCCCCCUGUCAUCAUCGUCUCUUCCUGGUGUCACAGCCUCCAUAAAUGGAAGAAAUCAGUUCUCAGGUGGAGACGUGGUCAGUGUGAAGGAGGUUUGUGACGUUUGUCGCCUCGGUGGAGGAGACCUGACUCACUGCCGCCAGUGUCUGAAGCGCUACCACCUACAAUGCCAUUUCUCCAAAAGCAGAUCAGUCUGCUCGUCCUGCUCCAGGUCCUGGGGCAGUUCUGCAGAGAGGGAGGCCGAAUGUUUGCAGCUCGCCCCUGUGGUUCAAAACACACACAUCCAUGACCAGAGCUCCUCUGUCCCUGAACCCGUCCCCCAUAAAGACGAACUGGACUCCAUCCUGGGAGACGGUUCCUUUGACAGCGUCUUACAGUGGGCUUUCCACAGCAUCUCUCGGCCUCUUCCUGACUCUCAAGGGUGCUACCAGUGACUAACAACCGGGCUUGAAUACUUUGUAAAAGCAUUACCUCAAUUCAACUUCGACCACUAGCAUCCCGAAUACAUAAAGCUAA